AUGGCACCCGAUCGUUCACAAUGGAAGCGCGUUAAUGUCGUCGUACCUGCUGGUCCUCUCGGUCUUAUCGUUAGUAAAAGCUCAUUAGGUGAUGGUCAUGUUGUUGUGGAUGGGUUUCGUCCCGUAGGAAGCUCAGGUAAACCCGGUGCUCUUGAAAAUCAGGGUGAAAUUGGUCCAAAUUCCCUUCUUUUAGGUGUUAAUGAGCAUGAUUUUACAGACGCGACAGCUUCAUGGACAUUUGAGAAAAUCCGUGAUAUUCUUGUAAGUACGAGUAAUGCCGAACGUACUGUACGUUUUCUCGUGCCUCCACCACCUCCUACUGUACAAUUUGAACAGAUUGCUGCGCAUGAAAAUAAUCAACGGUUUGUCGAUGUUUACACCCUGGGAAAAGAACUAGGAGCUGGUACAUUCUCAGUAGUUCGAGAAGCGACACAUAAGACAACAGGUGAACGCUUUGCGAUUAAAUGCAUUAAGCGUGCACAGCUAACAGCAGAUGAUUUACAAGCUCUCGUUGCCGAAGUAAAAAUCUUGAGAGAGAUGCAACAUCCACAUAUUGUCAAGCUGUAUGAUGUGUUUCAAGAGGAAAACUAUUUCUUUCUAGUGACUGAGUUUAUGGCUGGUGGAGAACUUUUUGAACGGAUUGUCAAGAAGAACUUUUACACAGAGAGAGAAGCACGUGAUUUGGUCAAAGUAUUGCUCGAAACAAUUGCAUUCUGUCAUGAUGCAAAUGUCGUUCAUCGAGAUUUGAAACCAGAAAACUUAUUGCUGAGUAGUGCUGAGGAUGAUGCAGAUAUCAAGCUUGCAGACUUUGGGUUUGCAAAGAAAACAGCGAUUCAGACUCGAGAUGCAGGGUUAUCCACGGCCUGUGGCACUCCUGGGUACGUGGCACCCGAGAUUUUAAUGUCAGAGCCAUACGGUAAGGAAGUAGACAUUUGGAGUUGCGGUGUCAUCACGUACAUUUUGCUCUGUGGAUAUCCUCCAUUCCAUCAUGACAACCAGAACGUACUCUUUCGACUCAUUAAAGCGGGACGCUAUGAAUUUGACUCGCCAUAUUGGGAUGAUGUAUCUGCUGAAGCCAAAGAUCUUAUUAGUAAGAUGCUGAUUCUGGCACCAGCGGAGCGAUGGUCAGCACGGCAGUUGCUAGACCAUCCAUGGAUUGCAGCGGAUGCCGUUAAGGACGUGCAGCUUACUACGGCGCUACAAGAGCUGCGCAAGUUUAACGCACGUCGUAAGUUUCGUGCUGCGGUUAGCACUGUCAAGGCGACAAUCUCACUCACAAAGGCGCUUACGCUCGGUAGCAGUCCACGCAGCAUUAUGGAUAGUAAUGACGAGACUUUGGAGGAGACUCAAAGUGCACCUGCUGCUGUGAAUGUAUCCGAUAUAUUACCCUCGGCGCCCUCAGUUUCUUAG